UGUGAGGGGGAGACAAUGUCUACAUGUUUCUCUGUCCCCAAACUCUCUCUCUUGACCCCCUCCCUGCCUGGCUCUUCCUGUCAUCCCGGGCCAACCCUGACCUAUGGACUGUGGCGGGGUCACUGUGAUGUCAGUGCAGGGCGAGGGAGCCCGUGGUUUAACGGCUGGGGGUUCAACCUGCCUAGGGGCCAGUCUCUGCUGGAUAAAUGGAACCAAGUCCCAGAGGGCAUUGACAUCCUCAUGACCCACUGCCCUCCCCUCGGGUUCAGAGACUGGGUUCCUAAGGAGCUGCAGAGGGUGGGCUGUGUGGAGCUGCUCAACACGGUCCAGAGGAGGGUCCGGCCCAAACUACACGCCUUCGGAGGAAUACAUGAAGGAUAUGGCAUCAUGACUGACGGCUGCACCACGUUCAUCAACUCCUCCACGUGCACGAUCAGCUUCCAGCCCACCAACCCCCCAAUCGUGUUCGACCUGCCCAACCCCUCCAGCUCCUGAGAAUGACCUGUGAAAGAGGGGGGGAGUGGUUGGCCAGAAUAACCUUUUUUUU